GGCUGCGAGUCAUGUCAUGUCGAUCGGCCAUGUUGAAUUUCUUGCAACGCAGGAAAUGUCAGCUGGCGGCUGCCGUAAUAUUUCUGAAUAAAAUCUGUGAUAAAAGAUUCAUUCGUAGUUUUUAGUGAUAAGUUCUUAAAAACUGGAAUCUGGCAAAUAUCGUGGGCCAAUUUAAUGUUGAAGUGAAAAUAUGAUAUUAUUGUAUAGGAGGUGGCAUGCGAUUUCACUUGCAUUUUUAUGGUUUGUGACAAGAUAAAAUGGUUAUUAGUCUGACUAAAGCCUCCUAAUUAUUAUUAGUUUUCUUACGUUAUAAUUUAUGUGCUCGAAAGUGUUUUAAAAUAUCCAUAAAGUUGAUUUUGAUACGUAAGUUAUUUCACACCUGUCAUUUUGAAGACCGAUAUUUAUCCUGUCUUCGUAAUCACCAAGGAAUAUUUGUCCUAAUAUAAGUUACGUCUUCGAAGAAUUCAAGAUGAACGGCUCCGAAUCUGGGUUUAACCCAGCUUUCAACAUUGCCACCAUAAAACAAGUGGUAAAUGAGGCAAUAGAGAGAGUCGCGCCGGUUUCAGUGCGGAUGCAGACUCCAACACGGUUACGAGAUCUGAUCCGACAAAUACGUGCAGCUAGAACAGCUGCUGAAGAAAGAAGUGUCGUUAACAAGGAAUGCGCGUACAUUAGAUCCACUUUCAGAGAAGAAGAUAGUGUUUGGAGAUGUCGAAACAUCGCGAAACUCCUGUACAUUCAUAUGCUGGGCUAUCCAGCACACUUCGGUCAACUGGAAUGCCUGAAGCUAAUAGCGAGCCCCCGCUUCACGGACAAGCGCGUGGGCUAUUUGGGCGCUAUGCUGCUACUGGAUGAACGGCAAGAUGUACAUUUGCUGAUCACCAAUUGUCUGAAAAAUGACCUUAAUAGCAACACACAGUUCGUCGUCGGCUUAGCGCUAUGCACGUUAGGCGCCAUCGCUUCACCAGAGAUGGCAAGGGACCUCGCGUCAGAAGUGGAAAGAUUGAUCAAAUCACCAAACGCCUACAUAAAGAAAAAGGCAGCGUUAUGCGCAUUCAGGAUCAUCAGACGUGUUCCAGAUCUGAUGGAAAUGUUCCUACCGGCAACGAGGAGUUUAUUGACGGAGAAGAAUCAUGGUGUCCUUAUUACCGGCGUGACGCUCAUCACCGAGAUGUGUGAAAACAGUCCGGAUACACUGAACCAUUUCAAGAAGGAGAGCGGACAGCGCGAGAUUGUGCCGAACUUGGUGAGAAUAUUGAAGAAUUUAAUUUUGGCCGGUUAUUCGCCGGAACAUGACGUCAGUGGAGUGUCGGAUCCAUUCCUUCAGGUGAAAAUUCUACGUCUCCUCCGAAUACUCGGCAAGAAUGACGCCGAAGCGUCGGAAGCCAUGAACGACAUCCUCGCGCAGGUCGCGACCAACACCGAGACCAGCAAGAACGUCGGCAACACAAUAUUAUACGAAACUGUGCUUUCUAUUAUGGACAUUAAGUCCGAGAGUAGCUUGCGCGUCCUCGCCAUCAACAUACUCGGGAGAUUCCUCCUGAACAACGACAAGAACAUUCGAUACGUGGCCUUGAACACGCUGCUCAGGACCGUUCAUGUCGAUACGUCGGCUGUUCAGAGACAUCGGACGACCAUAUUGGAAUGUUUAAAGGAUCCAGAUGUAUCGAUCCGCCGUAGAGCUAUGGAGUUGUCCUUCGCGCUCAUCAACAGUCAAAACAUACGCGCCAUGAUGAAGGAGCUGCUACUAUUUCUCGAACGUUCCGACCCGGAGUUCAAAGCUCACUGCUCCAGCGCGAUGGUGUUGGCGGCCGAGAGAUACGCGCCCUCCAGCAAGUGGCAUCUCGACACGCUGUUCCAGGUGCUGUUGAAGGCCGGCAACUACCUGCGCGACGACACGGUGUCCAGCACGCUGCAGAUCGUGUCGGCGGCGCCGGGCGAGCGCCAGGCCUACGCCGCCAUGCGCCUGUGGAGCUCGCUCGAGCGCUCCGCCGUCUGCGCCGACGCCACCGAGAAGCAGCCGCUCGUGCAGGUAGCUGCAUGGACCAUCGGUGAAUACGGAGACAUGUUGGUAUCAGAGGCCAGUAAUGCCAUAUCAAUGGUCGACGAUGAUGGCGUAGAUGAUUUCACCCGUCCAUCGGAAGAGUAUGUUAUAGACAUAUACCAAAAGUUGCUCUGGUCUACGCAGCUCUCGAUCACGACCAAGGAAUAUUUGUUGCUGUCGCUGGCUAAGUUAUCCACGAGGCUGACGACGAAACCAAGCCAAGAUAAAAUCCGUGUCAUAAUCGACACAUUCGGGUCACACAUCCACAUCGAGCUGCAGCAGAGAGGAGUUGAGCUGUCGCAACUGUACAAGCAGUACGCGCACCUGCGGCCCGCGCUGCUGGAGCGCAUGCCGCCCAUGGAGGCGGGCGCGCCCGAGCACGACGCCGAGCCCGAGCACGACAAGCCGCCGCCUGAGCAGGAUGCGCUACUGGAUUUGAUAAUCGGUUCAGAACCUUUAUCGAACGGUGACAUGGAACAUGCCCCUGCCCCUCCUACUAAUAAUAACUCUACAACUAAUGACAUCCUAGACCUGUUGAGCGGACUGGACCUCAGUACGCCUAGCGUGCCCACUCCCACCACGGCGGUCAGCGUCACCAAUAACAAUAUGGCCACACCGUCGCUGCUGCUCGACGGCCUGUUCGCGCCCGCGCAGCCUCCCGUGCAACCGCAAGAGACAGUGGUGCGCGCGUUGGAGCGCAACGGCGUGCUGGUGGAGCUGGUGGCGCAGCGCGGCGGCGACACGGCCGCGCUCACCAUGCGCGCGCGCUCCAGCGCCUCCACCACCAUCACCGACUUCCUGUUCCAGGCCGCCGUGCCGCGGACUUUCCGUCUGGACAUGAUGUCUCCGUCGGGGACAGUGCUGACGCCGCAGGGGGAGAUCACGCAGCUACUCAAAAUUACCAAUCCCUCAAAGACACCCCUCAGACUACGGAUAAGAGUAUCUUACAACAUAGAUGGCAACCCCAUACUGGAGCAGGCGGAAGUGAACAACUUCCCCCCGGACCUGUUCAACUGACGCGGGCACCCGCCCCACCACGGCCCCGACGAGCUGCGGACACUGUGCUUGUACAGACCUUUGGUGGACACGUUAAAUUAAUUAACCAUAAUUUAUAUUUUAUCCCACUGUUGGGUAAAACGUUUUAGAACGAUGCAAAUUAGAAGCAUUUCCACUAAGUCGUGGUCAUAUCUUGUCGCUCGGAACUAAGUUGAAUAAUUCGACGUAGAAAAACUACUUAUACCAUAACAAUUUCUGGACAUAUAAUUAUUAUGCACUUGUCUUGACAUGAAAUUAUACUUAAAUGUCAAAUGAAAAAAGUAGACUGUACUAUAUAUCGGUUAUAAAGGAAAGAUGAUUAUUAAAAUCUUUUGCUGAAGUUGCGAGAGUAAAUUUGUGUCGUGCCUUGUUAUUCAACCUAUACACAAAUUCUGUUAUGUUAAAGACUGUUCACUACUUUUUUUGCAUGACAUUUAUAAGUUAUGAUUAUACUGUCUUUGCACAAAUAAUAUCGUCCUCAUUUAGUAAAAACAGAUAAGCUGAAUCUAGAUGAAGGGCCAUCAUGACCUAGUGGGAAUCUGAUCGUAUCAACAAUACAAAUGGAUUCUGCUACUUCUUAUAGUGGAUUAUUCAAUAGUAAAUGCAAUGAAAAGCAUACUACUUGUAAAGAUUUUUUAAAACUAUAACUUCUGUAAUAAAGCUUAUUGACGAAUAGAUUAUAUUCUUUAAAUUGUACAUGUAUAUUUAAUUGGUAUUUUCAGACAUAGCUUAGUUUUAAGAACUAAAGUUUUAUAAUACUAUAAAAACAUAUUUAUUAUAUAUAAAUAAAUAAACGAAUACAAUUUUCAUAAACCAAUAAAUAGGUUCUUAUGAUAUUCA